CCAAUAGGGUUGAUAGAAUAGAAUUCAAAUAGCACAUAACUGUCAUUUUCUAUUUCUACAAAAUAUAAACAGGAUAUUUAUAUUUCUUAGUAUCAAUGUAUUUACUAAACUGACAACAUUAAGUAGAUGCAGAUCACACAAUUGGAAUAAAAUUAUAUCAGAAGUACCUUCCAAUUGGCUUUAUAACUCACCAAGAAACAAAGUAAAUUAACCGUUAAGGAUUUAAGAAAAAUCUCAAAAGUAAAUCCAAAAAACAGCCCCGAAAACAAUUUUAUGUUUUUAACUCAAAGAAGAAAAGUAUAAACAAGUUCCCGCCAAAGGACCCAGUGUGACCACACUGCAACGACCAUAAAACGCGUCCACCCACAAAGCUUUAACAGGAUUUUGGCGCUUUUCAAGUUAAAUCGGUGCAUCGAAAACUUGGAGCAAAGAGAACUUGGAGCGGAGCGGAGCAAGAUGUCCUCGAACGCGUCCUCGGCUGCUGUGGCUGCGGCCGUGGCCAGCUGCAGGCUGGAGAAGCAGCAGCGCCGUCGCCUGGCGGCCUUCGAUUUCGACCACACGAUCGUCUCACAGAAUACGGACACUGUUGUACGGGAUUUGCUGCCCACGGAGGUUACCAGUGCCCGGGCUCACGAACUGGUGGAGAACGACUGCUGGACCGAGUACAUGGCGGAGGUGUUCCGCCUAUUACAUGAGCAACAGGUGCCCGAGGCCCGCAUCCGCGACACAAUCCGCGGCAUCCCCGAGGUGCCUGGCUUCGUGCGGCUCAUCAAGCACUUGGCCAAGCGUAUGAACUUCGAUCUGAUCAUCAUCAGUGACUCGAACAGUGUUUUCAUCGAUGAGUGGCUGCGGGCACACAAUCUGUCCGACUGUUUCCUGGCCAUUUUCACCAAUCCGGCCGAAUUCGAUGAAACCGGGAGGCUGCAGGUUCGUGCCCAUCACCAGCAGACGGACUGCAAGCUGAGCGCCAGCAACUUGUGCAAGGGGCGCGUACUGGAGCACUUUGUUAUCGAACAGGAUCUGCGACGCAGUAUCCGGUACGAUCAUGUAUUUUAUGUGGGCGAUGGCAACAACGACAUCUGCCCAGUGCUCCGUCAGCGGGCUUGCGAUUUUGCUUGCGCCCGGCAGGGCUUCGCCAUGGAGAAGCACCUGCUGCGCAAUCGCAGCAAGUUGAAGCUGCGUGCCCAUUUGUUGAUCUGGAAGAGCGGGUUCGACCUAAUGGACCAGAUGCUGGCCUUGCCGCAAUUGCAAACAGCACCGGCCAAUCAGGUCGAGCUGGAGACUCCGGAGGGCCAGGCGGAGCUGGCUAGGCGAGCAUCGGCCAUCGCCGGACAAGCCAAGUCGCCCACUUAAGGCGAUUAAGGCGACCACCCAAUACCAGAUCGAUCGUCAACUGGUUUCGUUUCCGCCUCCUUGUUAGGCCCGACAAAGUGAAGCCCGUCUAUUCGCACUCUAUCUCGCACCGACCCCGAAAAAUGCAACCAUAUAUGUAUGUAUUUACGCUAUGGAUAUGGAGCCCUCUAAUUGCCAUAUUAGUGUAUGUUCGUGUGGAGCCUACAACACGCCUAUCUACAGAUGGAGUACCUUGGGAGCUUGUUAAUUGUGGUGUUGCGGAUGCAGGAAGGAUGAUGCCAAUUGAGCCGAGAGCUGUGCUGCUAGAAGUUAAAUGGUUUAUUCAUUGUGUGUAUAUUGUAAUAUUAAUCGUAUAUUGUAAUUGUUUUAAUUAUCACAGCUGUAUAAGUGUGUCUGUAUUAAAAAGCAUUUGAACCUGUGUGUUGCCGUUACUGCA